UCAAGCUGGCCUCCCCGGGCUCCCCCCAGCACCCUGCUCCGGACCCGGACCCGGGCCCUGACUGGGCGCGCAAUGAUGAGGAUCAGUAUGUAGGGGAGGGCGAAUCCAGUCAGCCUGACGUCUUCAGGGCCCUCUCUGACUACAAGGACGCGGAGACCAUCACAGAUGUGUGCAACAGCACCGACCUGCCCGAAUUUGAGAUUAUCAGCCUCCUGGAGGAGCAGCUGCCAGUUUAUCGCUUGCGGGCCGACACGGUUUACGGCUACGACCACGAUGACUGGCUGCACACGCCCCUGCUGGCCGCCGACGCCCCGCUCGACUUGACCACCGAGCAGAUAGACGAGACGCUCAAAUACUUCUUGCUGUGUGCUGACAGAGUGGGCCAGAUGACAAAGACCUUCAGUGACAUUGAUGCCGUCACACGUCUUCUGGAGGAGAAAGAGAGAGAUCUGGAGUUGGCCGCAAGGAUCGGCCAGUCCCUCCUGAAGAAGAACCGAGUUCUGACCCAACACAACGACUAUCUGGAGGAGCAAGUGGGACAAAUCACCGAAGAGGUGGCCCAGCUGCACCAUGAAUUGAACCUGAAGGACGAGCUGCUGCAGUUUUACACCAACGCGGCCGACGAGAGCGAGGAGGAGUCCGGCGGAUCGCCAACGGGUAAGAGGAGUCGGGUGGAAGCUGCCGCGGGAGGUUUCCUGAGCGACACCCUGCAGAGGAAACUCAAGGAGCUGGAAGAAGAGAAUCUGUCGCUGCGCUCGGAGGCCAGCCAUCUCAAGUCCGAGACCGAGACGUACGAGGAGAAGGAGCAGCAGCUCGUCAAUGACUGCGUGAAAGAACUCAGGUUGUCCAGUCUUCAAAUCUCGACCAUCGCGGAGGAGCUCGCGCGCAAGACAGAUGACGCCUCCCGACAGCAAGAAGAGAUUACGCACCUCCUCUCCCAAAUUGUCGACUUGCAGAAGAAAGCCAAGUCUUUUGCCGUGGAGAACGAAGAGCUCUCUCAGCAUCUGAUCGCGGCCAAAGAUGCGCAAAGGCAACUCACCGUAGAGCUGCAAGAGUUGGAGGAGAAGUACUCGGAGUGCAUCGAAAUGCUGCACGAGGCCCAGGAGGAGCUGAAGAACUUGAGGAACCGGAACUACGCCGUGGGAACGCCCAGACGCUUCCAUCCGCUCGGAUUGUACCCCAUGGAUUCCCUGGCUGCCGAAAUUGAGGGAACCAUGAGGAAGGAGCUGAGCCUGGACGACCCCGACUGUGAGCAGCAAAAGGUCCACCGCAAGCGUGUUUUCGAGACGGUCAAGAAUGUGAACCAGACAGCGCGUCGGCGUUCCGUCACCCCGACCGGCGGCAACAUUCCAGGCUCCAACCAGUCCUUGUCCUCGCGCACGUCGCCCAUGUCCAGCGGGCUCAGCAGCCCCCGCUCCAGCCUGUGUGGAGGCGACCUGGGCGGGGACGGCGUCGCCCUGGACAACCGCGCUCAGAGCAUCCUCAUGGAGACGGCGUCCAAUCAGGAGAGGAACGCCGACGGCCGAGAGAAGAAGACGAGCGGGGCUGAGGAUUUGCGUCUGGCCCUGCGCCGCCUGUCCCUGCGGCGUCAGAACAACCUGUGCGAGCGGCGCUUCUUCGAGGAGGAGCGGGAGCGGCGGCGAGGCGGCGGCCUCCCCGACGCCGCCGGCCACGGGAGCGUCGCCACCCCCUCGGAAAGCAUCAUGUCGCUGGGGAACCUCCACCUGUGGGCCUCUAGGGGGCCCUACCUGCCCGACAAACUGCAGAUUGUCAAGCCGCUGGAAGGCUCGGCCACCCUCCAUCACUGGCAGCAGUUAGCCCAGCCGCACCUCGGGGUCAUCCUGGACGCCAGGCCGGGGGUCGUGUCUAAAGGUUACAGACCCCUCGAACUGGAACUUGAACAGGUGUAUUCUUGGGGGAGCUUCGAGGAGGACGAGGCGGGAGAGCAGUACUUCCAGAAUCUACCCACCACCUCAUCUCUGCCGUGCGCCUCCUCCAGCCUGGGGCGGCCCUCGCCACGCUCGACUCCACCCUCGCCAUCCCCGUCGCCGCAUCUCAGCAACACCGAUGCACUCGCUGCAUACUAUCCAGGUAAAUGCAUGGCCCAUACAAGCUCCACCUACACCUUCACAACCUGCCGCAUUCUGCAUCCGACUGACGAGCAGACGCGGGUCACGCCCAGUUUGCACGCCAUCCCCGCGUCGUCCUCCUGCGUAAUGACCAGCUCGCUACUGGGCACGCCCGCCGCAACACCCUGCACGCCCCGCAGGCUCAGUCUGAGGCCGUCGGAGUCGUCAACAAAUCUCAGAGAUGCCACCCGUACCACAAGCACUUGCCUGGGCCUAGUGCGCCUCCUACAGGAGAGAGGCAUUUCUGCAGCAAUGUAUCACCAGAGUCAGGGAUUGGACGGCAGUCAGGCCAACCAGGGGCUGUUAUUCAGCACUUCCAUUACUCCUAACAGACCCCCCGACCCCGACCCCUCGCGUCCCUCCACCCCUCCGAGCUCCCCCACAGGACAGGGGCCUUCAGCCAUAGCGACCUCCCUGAGCUUUGACUUCAAGAGCCCCUCUUAUGACAACUUCCUGGCUUCCAAGCCGGCGCGGUCCAUCCUGAAGGAGGUGACGGGAAGGACGAGGGGCCGGCAGAAGGGGCGGGACUGCGAGAGCCAGACCGACGUGAGCGUGACCGUGCACAACCUCAACCUGCUGGACAAGGUCAAACGGCUCGGGGUGGCCGGGGCGGCGGGGGCCCGAGCGGCCAGUCCCGGGCCCAUCCUCGGGGGGCCUCUGGGUGGACUACGCAGAUCAGGCUCCCCCUUCGGGCCGGACGGGAUCAGACGGAACCGCAGUUAUCCGGCCAGUAUGGCCAUGAAAGCUCCGGGUCCUCCGGAGUAAUAUUGAUUACCGAUGCAUGAGCAAGGACUGGCUGCUGGUCAGUCACAUGCUCACCGUUUUAUAAAAGGAAUAUACUUUGUAGCAAGGGGGCUUCACAAAGCAUCAAUGUAGUGUUCCCCCCUCCAUAUUUGGACCCAACUUGGAAUCGCCUGGAGAUGUCACAAGACAUCAAAGCGCUACAAGUGAAGCGCCUCAAAUCACUCCAACGUUGACACCACGAUGGUGCUGAAGUAGGACUACUAUAUUAGACAAAGCUUUGUUCGGACCACAAAAAACAAUUGAGUCGCCCCACCGCCCAUUUCCUGCUGUAGGUAAUCGCUUUCACGAGCUGAUUUUGAUAACGAGAUGCAUCAUUUUCGUUGAUUUAGAUGCCAAAAUAUACGCGGUGACGUUCCCAAGUUCUUUUUUUUGUUGUCCUACACAGAUGAAACACUAGAUGGCAGCAUGUCUCCUUGAUUGGAAACUCAAACACAGUAUUGGAUGAGUUGUGUGGUUGCUUGACAUGUGAGUCUUUUCACACUGGGUUGCUUUUUCCAUUACAAACAGGAAGCAUAACAAUGGACUGUCCACGCAAUACCUUGACAUUAUUUUGACAUUUGAGGAUUGAGAUCCUCAUUGUGAGUUCACUGAAGUUGUACAACAUUCGAGUCUAUCCUAAUCAACUUUGGGCAAGAGGUCGCCUACAUCGGCGACCAAUUACACUCAUAACCCCCCUCCUGUGGGCAAUUUAGUUUUCAAUUAGCCUAAAAUGCACGUGUUGGGACAAAAACUGAUGCAAGAACGGGGAGACCAUGCAAACGACACGCAGCAGCACCUGAACUUGGUACAGACUGUGUAUUAAAAGUGUUUGUGGGAAACAUG